CGGCGGUGCCGAUGGGGCUGCGGGCCUGGCUGCGAUCGCUCGGCGGCUGCUGCGGCUGCUGCGGCGGGGAGGCGGCGCCGCCCGAGAAGGAGCCCCUGCUAAGCAACAACAACCCCUACGCAUCCUUCGGAGCCACGCUGGCACGGGAUGAGGAGCAGAACCUGUGGAGCACCCCCCACGACGUGACCCACACGGAGGCGGACGACGACCGGGUGCUGUACAACAUGAUUGUGGUCAGGAACCAGCUGGACAAGGACUCGGAGGAAUGGCAAAAGCUCAACUAUGAUAUUUAUACCUUACGACAGACCCGAAAAGAAGUGAGGAGCAGGUGGAAACACAUUUUGGAGGAUUUAGGUUUCCAGAAAGAAGCGGACUCCCUCUUGUCAGUGACCAAACUCAGCAUCAUCAGUGACUCUCAGAACAUGAGCAAAGCCCGGGACAUCUUGUUAAAGCUCUCGGAAGAGACAAACAUCUUCCCGACCAGCUGGGAGCUUUCUGAGCGCUACCUCUUUGUGGUGGACCGGCUCAUAGCUCUGGAUGCUGCAGAUGAGUUCUUCAAGAUGGCCAGCACGGUGUAUCCCAAGAGACCCGGCGGGGACAGAGCGGACGAGAGCCAGAAGGCCCCGCAGUGCAUCUCUGUGGUGGUGCCCUGAGGGACGUGCCUCACCGGCGUGAGAUGGACAGCGGGACCGGGCCCCUCUGCCGAGGGGUCAGCACGAGCAGUGCCGCUCCUUGUUCUCCUGCGCAGAAGCAAGCGGGGCGGCUGGAGCCGAGCACGGAGGGCAGCGAGCUGUGCCCCACCGGGAGGGCACGGAAAGGCGGGUGCUGGCCCCAAGGUCCUCCCAAGCAGAUGGGAACAUGAACUGCUGUAGAGUAGCCCCAGUGGGAGAGCAGUAGCCAAGUAGUGUAUGUGAUAGGCACGGGGGGAAUCUGCCAUACAUGGCCUUGCUACCAUAACUGCAAAGGUUGGGAUGCCUCUAGUUCCAAGCGCUGCGAGGAGAUCCGCUUUUCCGCCUUCCAUUGGGACCUGCCACUGCCCCUCCCUCUACCCUUCUAGCCAGGAGGACCAGGGAGAGAAGAAAAAUUCCUCAGUCAUCUGAAACUCUGUCCUCUUCCUCAUCCCCAGCCCAUGGCAGUCUCCCCAGGCAGGUCCCAGAGGAUCUGGGAAAGAGGCAGGAGCAGAGCGUAGCCGGGAGAGGAGUAAAUGCCAGGCAGCAAAGCCUUGGAGCAACGUCACAGUUGGGUGCUAUCCCAGCCAUUAGUGCUUUGGGGGCCUUUGUGUCAGGGUGCUCAGCCUGACAUCUUAAAAGAAGGUAGAGUUUAGGAAGGUGCCAAGGUCAGAGCUGCUGAGAAUUUGGCUCCUGUAAUAUCCUCAGGUUGGCUGUCCAGCAUCUCAAUUAAUUUCUGAAGGUUUUGGUCUUAAUUGCCUGAAAAAGUCCCACCACAAAGCUGCAUGUAUUGUCAGUAUAAAAAUCCUCAUUAUCAGCAGGGAUGAUAUGAUGAACAUCCUUUAUAUCUUGGGGUUUUAUCUGAUAACAAGCAAUAAUUUUAAAACAUUGGAUUUGGUAAUUUAAAAACAAGUGGAAGUCCUUCAUUGAUUAACACACAUGCUGCUAAUUGACCAGUUGAAAAUGCUGGUUACACAGGACCUCCCAAAGCAGCAAACAAGAGCUUUUAUUUGUUUAUACCUACAGUGUUCAGAAGAUAUAAAUAUAUAUUUAUGAAUUGUUUCUGUUUGUCAGUCUUCCUGGGGAACAUUUUUGUCAACUCAGAACGCCAGUGAAAACUGAUUUUAAUAAACAAAACAUU